AUGAUGCUGAUGAUGAUGAUGAUGAUGCAUAUACGGAACAUACCCAUUAUAAUCUCGACAUCGUUCUUCAGAAGUUUUCUCUACAUCGACGACGAGAUGGGAUCAAAGUCGACCGCUAAUGGUGUUCUGCGUCAAUCGGGGGGAUCGCUCAGAUGUUAUCCAUACGCUUCAGGGACGGUCUCUCGGAAGGAAGACGUGAAAGAGGAGGUUGUGCGACUUGGAGUUGAGCUCUCACUCUCUGUUGCUGAGUCCAUGUUCUUGCUGUGCGAUGACGUUGGUACUAUGUUGUGGUUCUGCUACAAGCUGUGGAAAUAUACACUACCGCCCUCUGAUCUUGUGUCAGAAAAGUUGCUUCGUGUGAUUCACUAUGUCUACUCAAACGAUAUCAAACCGAAGAAUGGAGCGUAUCUGGCUGGUGGUAGCUCGGUCCAGUGGGAAUUGAUCAGGACCACCUGGAAGGAUUUCACUGACGGAAUCAUAAUCUUGCACCGCCUUGUUUCGGUUCUCAGAAGAAAAGAUUGCUCUUUCGACGAUAGACUAUUGUCGUCUGCAAUUACAAAAUACAAGCAACAAGUCCUGAAGAAGCUGGAAGACAAGUUGAGGUCCGCAAAACAUGUCUCAGAAGGGAAUGGUUUCGCUAGGGACACAAUGGAGUCUAACAUUUCUGACUUGUGGAAGUCUCUGUUUGAGCAAGAAGCUGGCCAAGCAACACACCGAGUGACUAGGAGUAGGAUUCUCAGCGACCUGUUUCAGCCUAUUUUGGACGAAUCAUGGCAUAGCGACAUUCCCACGCUGCCCGUAUAUUCUCCUUACAUUCUAGGGACGGAUUUUGCAAAGCAGGAGAUGAGAAAGGAGGUUGUGGGACUAGGAGUUGAGCUCUCGCUAUAUGUUGCUGAAUCAAUGUUCCUGCUGUGUGAUGACAUUCGUGGUAUGUUACUUUUCUGCUUCAAGUUAUGGAGAGAUGUAAAAAGGGACCUGAAACCUUGUAGUCCCGUGGUGGAAAGGCUGCUUCGUGUAAUGCAUCAUGUCUACUCAAAGAAUAUCAAACCGAAGAAUGAGGUAUAUCAGAUUAGUGGCAAAUCGGCCCAGUGGGAACUGGUCAGGUCAAGUUUGGAGAGUUUUGACACUGGGAUCAGAGAUGUGCACAACCUUGUCUUGAUUCUCGAAGAACAAGGAAGCUGGGCAGAUGGCCGAGAGUUCACGUCGCGUGUUGAAGAAGCGCUGAAGAAGAUAGAGGAGAAAUUGAGGUGUGCUAGGCAUGUUUCAGAGAUGAAUGGGUUUGUGAGGGAUGCGAUGGAGUCUGACAUUGAGGACUUGUGGGAGACUCUCUUUGACAAAGAAACCGAGGAAGCAUGGUCGCUGAAAGUGACGAGGGAGGAGAUUCUUAGCGACCUGUUUCAUCCUAUUUUGAGCGAAUCAGGGAAGGAUUUUGCAAGGCAGGAUCUGGAAGAGGAGUCCGUGCGACUAGGAGUUGAGGUCUCGCUAUAUGUGGCUGAGUCGAUGUUCUUGUUGUGUGACGACAUUCAUAGUAUGUUACGGUUCUGCUGGAAUAUAUGGAGAGAUGUAAAAAAGGAUCUGAAGCCUGGUAGUCCCGUGGGAGACAGGCUGCUUGGUGUGAUGCAUUAUGUCUACGCAAUGCAUAUCAAACCGAAGAAUGGAGUAUAUGAGAUUGGUGGCAAGUCUGUCCAGUGGGAGUUGACCAGGAACACUUGGGAGAGUUCUGAUGCUGGAAUCAGAGACCUGGAUAAGCUUGUUUCGUUUGUCAGAUUACAAGGAAGCUGCGCAAAUGGCCGAGAGUUCACGUCGCGUAUCCAAGAAUCUCUGAAGAAGGUAGAGGAGAAAUUGAUUUGUGCCAAGGAUGUUUCAGAGGCAAAUGGUUUUGUGAGGGAUGUCAUGGAGUCUAACAUUUUGGGCUUGUGGGAGACUCUGUUUGACAAAGAGACCGAAGAAGCAGCAUGGACGCGGGGAGUGAUGAGGGAUGGGAUUCUUAAGGACCUGUUUCAGCCUCUUUUGAGAGAAGAAGCAGCAAAACAUUAA